GCCACGUACGCGUACCUAGGAUAGAAUCUUCUACAUCUGGCAGCUGACUACUAAAAUAAUUACACGCGUGUCGGUGUGCCGGCUUGGACAUUUAUUUAUAAUAAAAGUUUAUUUUUAUUUUUGCAAUAAAAUACUGAACAGUCACAGCCGGUAUUUUAGCAAGAAGACAUUUUAAUUAACAUAACUUCAGUUGCAAGUGAUGUGCUAUAGCGAGUUUGUCUCAGUGGAAAUUUUCGAGAGAUUUUAACUACAAUCAAAUACUGCAAAAUGGUUGAGAGCACGAAUAAAACGCCGACAGAGAUGCACACGUUUUUACCUCAGGAUGAGGUAUUAACAAAUAAAUACAAAGUGCAGGUCGUAGCCAAAGACCCGGAGGUCGCAGUUCCAUUAACCGAUCACAAAAGUUUCAAUCCCUUUACUGAGCGCAAAGUUGACAAUCCAACUACAGAUUGCGAUACGUUGACACAUUUAUUGAAGGCAGCUUUGGGUACUGGAACUCUGGCUAUGCCCUAUGCCUUCAAAAGCUCUGGAUUGAUUGGUGGUAUCUUUGGAACUAUUUUCGUCUCACUUAUUUGCACUCACUGCUCGUAUAUCUUGGUAAAAUGCGCUCAUGUACUAUAUCACAAAACACACAGAACGAAAAUGGGGUUUGCUGAUAUUGCGGAAAAUGCAUUUGCUACUGGACCAAAAUGGGGACGUAAAUUUUCUAAAUUUUCCAGGUACACCAUCCAGAUAUGUCUGCUGAUAACAUAUUUCGGAACUUGCAGCGCGUACGCUUGUAUAAUAGCCGAAAACUUCGGCCAGGUAAUAAAGUAUUACAUGGACCAGCAUGCAGGAAUUCCGAUAGAUCCAAAAAUGGAACUAAGCGACAACUUUAUGCGAACAUUGGUAGCCGGACUAUUUAUUCCGCUGACAUUGCUAGUCUAUGUGCCGGAUCUGAAGUACCUGGCGCCGUUCUCGAUGGUAGCGAACCUGUUCAUGGGCUGCGGACUGGCGAUAACUUUCUACUACCUGGUCGACGGGUUGCCUUCAAUAACCCCGGAGGUGCUGACCAGACCGCUCGGCGACUUCCCCCAGUUCUUCGGAGUGACAAUAUUCGCGAUGGAAGCUAUCGGAGUGAUAAUGCCUCUGGAGAACAACAUGAAGACGCCCCAGAACUUUGUAGGAAUUUGCGGAGUACUUAACCGAGGAAUGUCUUUCGUGACCCUCAUCUACAUCCUCCUCGGGUUCCUUGGAUUUUUGAGGUACGGGGAAGGGGUAAAAGCGGUGGUCACCUCAAACCUGCCGAUCCACUUGGUACCAGCCCAGGUCGUAAAAGUAUUAAUCGGGCUUGCGGUUUUCUUCACCUUCGGGCUCCAAUUCUACGUUUGCAUUGACAUUGGCUGGACCAUGUUGAAGGAACGCUUCCCCAAGAGACCUCGGCUUGCCGAGUACACCAUGCGCACUAUCAUGGUCACCAUCUGCGUCCUCCUAGCCAUCGCUAUCCCAAAAAUCGGACCGCUCGUUGAACUUGUAGGUGCGUUCUGCUUCUCGUUGCUUGGACUUCUUGCUCCCGUAGGCAUCGAAAUUAUCACCUACUGGAAUGUCGGGUUCGGUCGCUUCAAUUGGAUAAUUUACAAAAAUAUUUUAGUCACCUUGAUUGGAAUUACCGCGCUGAUUCUCGGUACCACCUCUGCUAUUCAAAGCAUCGCCAGAGAAAUGUUUUGAACUGUGUAAAUUCAAAGUUCAUUUAGAUUUUUAUAUUAGGAUCAUAAAAGUAUAUGAUGCUGAAGUUCGUAAUUAUGCAGAAGUGGGGCUCGACCUAUUUUAGAAAAAAGUGAAAAAAAAUAAAAAAUCGAAAGAU